AUGGCACCUAUUCUCUCUCUUUUGCUCCUAGGAGCCUCCACUGUCAUUGCCUCUCCGGCUCGCGUGGCCCGCCAGCAACAGUCCGUCACUGUCUCUGUCACUCAGACUGCCGAGGCUCCCGGUGCUACUCCUUGGGAUCAGGGUGCCGUUCGGGAAUAUCCCAUCCACUCCUCUUGCAACCAUACCGAGCGAGCUCAGAUCGCUCGAGGUCUUCAGGAGACCAUCAUUCUUUCGCAACAUGCCAAGGACCACAUCAACCGAUGGGGCAACUCAUCUGACAUUUAUGUCAAGUAUUUUGGCAAUGCCUCCACUGGAUCAGUCACUGGCUGGUACGACAAGAUUGUGAAUGGCGACAAGGCCGGCAUCUUGUUCCGAUGUGAUAACCCCGACGGCAACUGCGCACAAGAAGGAUGGGCUGGUCACUGGCGUGGUGCCAACGCCACCUCGGAGACUGUCAUCUGCCCUCUCUCCUACGAGGUCCGCAAGCCUCUCGAGGCUAUGUGCGGCUUCGGCUACAAUGUCGCCAACUUCAAGACCAACUUCUACUGGGGCUCUGACCUCCUCCACCGUCUCUUUCACGUCCCCAAGGUCGGCGAGGGUGCCGUCGAGCACUAUGCCGGUCAUUACGAUGAGGUCCUCGAGCUUGCUGAGACCAACCCCGAGGAGGCCUCCAAGAACAGCGACACUCUGCAGUACUUCGCUCUUGAGGCAUAUGCUUUUGACAUUGCCGUUCCGGGUGAGGGUUGCGCUGGCAAGUUCACUGCUACCUCCUCUGCUGCCCCUCCUCCUGCCACCAGCUCAGCUGCCGCUAGCACGGCUGCUGCCAGCGCUACUGUCGCACCACCUGCUUCUGCAACCUCUGAGGCUGCUCCGGAGAAGACCUGCGAGCCUCACGAUGACCACUGGCACUGCCCCCCUGGCGUGCCUGAGCCUACCGCCCCACCAGCAUAA